UCAGUUUGUGGCUCAUGGCCGACAGGCAGCAGAUUCACGUUUCGAUGUUUACUUGGAUUGUGGCGGGUGUGUGCCUGUUCUAUUUGCUCAUCAACUUUCUGCUGAUGCACUGGGUGGUGGUGAAGCCAUCGGCUCGGUUCACCAACGAUGAGAAUCACUUGAAUGCCACGCUGGCAAUGAUUCUCAAGCCGCGGUGGACCGGCAGCUUGGGGCACUCGCAGGUGCGCGAUUUUCUCCUGCAGGAGCUGUGGGAACUGGGAUUCCACACGGAACGGGAUGAGUUUGAAGAUGGCGUGGCCUUUACCAACGUGAUGGGCACCAUCAACCCGGAGGCACCGAAUUUCCUGCUGCUCUGCUGUCACUACGAUACCGAAUACUUGACCAAUGCAGAGGGCUUUGUGGGUGCCACCGAUGGGGCGGUACCGUGUGCCAUUCUCCUUAACAUGGCCAAGACUUUGGGCCCGUAUUUGAGGGAGGAGCUGCGCAAGCGAAUGGAUAUUGGUUUGGCGCUGGUCUUUUUUGAUGGUCAUGAGCCAAUGCCGAGCGAUCCAAAGGACUCCAAUGUCCUGCGCGGCUCCAAGCGGUUUGUCGAAAUGGAGACCCUACCCUUGGAGAGCAUUGAGGUUGCCAUUGCCUUGAACUUCAUCGGCGCUCCGGCGCAGGCAUACAUGAGUCACUACGACAGCACUUAUGGCCUGCACAAUCGCAUGACAGAGAUUGAGCUGAACUUGCGGGAAUCGGGACAGCUGGCCCAGUGCCAUUUGCUGUUCCAAAAGUUAAAGGACCACGACACUGAUCUGCCCGACGAUCAUUAUCCAUUUCUCGAUGAAGGUGUUCCGGUGAUGCAUCUGGCUCCCUAUAGAUACCCGGAAGUGUGGCAUACUGCCGCGGACAAUGCGGCUCACUUGCACUGGCCAACUGUUCUCAAUAUGAACUCAAUAAUACGUCAAUUUGUGUACGAAUACCUGGAGAGUCAUGAUGAUGACACCACGUUCCGUGUCGAUAGUUAAGUGUGUGGAUAUAUAGCAAUAAACCGUAUAUAAAUUGAUCUGAUUAAUGCAAA